GAUUCAUCAGGGUACGUCGCAUCCCGUCGUUACUCUGCCGCACUCACACAGAUUGUCAGCCUACAUAAACGAGGCCUUUUAGCCGUGUGUGUUAAUUUUGACCCCGUUCGUAACGGACAGGUCUCGUCAUCGUGUAUUUGGACACGAGCUGACCGCCUGCCAAACAACUAUAAAAAGACUGCACGCAUUGCUGUGCGGACAAAAAACUAAACCACCAGCUCAGACCACAAACAUGCUCUUCGCAUCAACGACACUCGCCCUGGCCCUUGGCCUCGGCCUCGGCCUCACCGCCGCCUCGCCCAUCGCCGUGGCCCGCGCCGGCGGCCCAGCCAUCAUUGACGGCAAGGCCUUCCAGCUGGCCGCCCGCGGCGAGCUGCGCCCGCUGGACCCAGACAACGCCGCCAACAACGCCUGGGUUCUCAGCAUGCAACGCAUCAGCCAGGGCGUCUACGCCUCGGUCGUGGUCCCGCGCCGGGCAAAGACCGAGAACCCGACCUUCUACUUCAACCGCACCGAGGCCGACGGCCGGCAGAUGCUCAACAUCGACAUCCCGGGCGUCUACCCGCUCGUCGCCACCGUGGCCGGCCGCGACCAGGCCACCGACGGCGACCACCCGGGCGAGCACGUCGUGUCCUUUGCUCCCGCCGGCUCGGGCGGCACCCCGGGCAUGUACUGGUUCUAUCGCUCGCCCGAGUCGAUCCCGCUGCUCGGCGGCGGCCCCGCCCGCGUCGGCAGCUGGGCCGUGUGCCGUCGCCCCCUGCCGCUGCCGAGCGGCCCCAAGGACUUCCUCCAGCCCCGCUACGUCUACGAGGACGAGGCGGUGCCGUCCGACUGCGCUCCCGUCGAUUGGGUGGUCCUGUGCGCAGACCUGGUCCCGCUAAAGCCUGGUGACAACUGGAACCACGACUCGGUCGGUGAUGUCAAGUGUGUCGCGCAGUAAGCCUUAGGGCUGGGCCAGGGUCAAACGUGACAUCAUCAGACACGGACGCUUUUGAAGUGGGCGGUGUACAGGGGCGCGCGAGACAGGAAACAUCAUGGGGAUUUCUCUGUAAAUAAUUAAUCGUAAUCAAUAUUGUCAGCCCUUCUAUUCCC